GAACUUCAAGGCUUGCCGUUUACACUUGCGUCCUGCACCCCUCUUCCACUGACAAUGGAAUAGAACAGAUAUCUAUAGCGUCGCUGGGGUCGCCCGAGAGGCCGUUACUCAAACAACCUCCGCAUCUGACCCUCUCCACCGAACAUCCGAGUGAUGCUUGAUCCCGAUGCUACUUCCCCUCCGACUUCUUCGCUCACCACCUCGGUAUUUGGCAGAGCGACAAUGGCAGGGCCACGUCCUCUCCCUUCCUCUGCGCUUUCUGAUUGUGACACAUCACGUCGUCGAUUGCUCAUUUUAUGCGAGGCAUCGUUUUUAAACGCAGACUAACGGCAGCAGCCUUCGUCAAGCAGUUCGGUGAAUACAAUGAAAAGACACACAAGUACAAGAUCGAUGCCACCUAUUUAUCCUUCUUGAACUCCUUUCCCCUUUUGGUGUAUGUCGCUGGCAUCCUCAUUGCUACCUUGAUUGGCAACCGCUGGGGACGUCGUUUGGUCUUCUGCCUCAUGCAACUGAUGUGCAUCACCGGCAUUGCUGUCACAUACUCGGCAAAAUCGUUCGGCCAGGUCCUCGCUGGUCGCUGCCUUGUUCAGGCACACAUUGGCAUGCUUGAAUGGCUCAUACCCAUGUAUCAGGCGGAAAUCGUACCCGCAGCCAUCCGAGGCAGAAUGGUCAUCCUUUUCAUCUUUGAGCAUCAGUCCGGAGCUUUGAUCAGUUCUCUCAUCUGCAACUUCACCUCAAGGCGCAAAGACAACUCGGCUUGGCAAAUUCCUGUUGGUCUGAUGUUUCUCCUUCCUUCAGUCGCGUUGCUCUUGAAUUGGUUGGUCCCCGAAUCCCCCCGAUGGCUCUGUCGCCAGGGGAGGUACGACGAUGCUGCUGCCAGCCUGAAUCAUCUUUACGGAUGCUGUAAGGACUACGACGCACAGGAAGAAACGGCUCUUCUCAAGGCAGGAUUGGAAGAAGCCGACGCUGCUUCCAAGGGAACUUGGGCUGAGGUCUUCAAGGGCACGAACCGACGCCGCACCAUUCUUGCCAUGUCCGCGGCUGCCUUCUCUAUGCUGUCAGGAAACGCCUUUUCUUCACACUACGGCACAGUGUUUCUCAAGUCAAUUGGCGCCUUUGACGCAUUCACUGGCACUAUGAUCCAGAAGGCUAUCGUUGUCUGUGGCCCAAUCACCAGUAUACUGGUUGUCGACAGAAUCGGCCGACGAAAAAUGUUCUUGAUCUGGGGAUCGUUCGCUUCUGCCGCUCUUAUCACCAUGGCCUCUCUGGGGACCCAUUCGCCAUUGAGCAUGGGCUACAAGAAAGGCAUCGUGGCUAUGGCUAUAUUCUUCCCUUACGCCCGGAUCGUCUCCUUCGGUGCGAUGGGUACCUUGCUCCCGGCUGAAGUUCCUCACCCCAGACUCCGCGACAAGACGUGCUUCGUGGCAUGGAGCACGCAAAACUGCCUCGACUUCCUUACCAGCUUCACGCUCCCGUAUUUGCUGGACGACGAUUACGCUGGGCUCGGCGCCCGGGUUGGCUUCAUCUACGGCGGAUUUGCCUUCCUCGGCAUCCUCUGGGGGAUCUUUGUCCUUCCGGAACUCAAGGGCCGCUCGCUGGAGGAGAUCGAGGAGAUGUUUGAGCAGCGUGUGUCCGCGUGGAAGAGUCGAACGUGGAAAUCGCCCAACGCCGACAGCGUGGGCGUCCAGGUUACAGAUUUCGAAAACGAUCCCACGCACCACCAUAUUCGCCACGUGGACUCCUCCGACAAGCUCGCUGGCCUCGAAGAACUCACCACGACCGUCAAAUCGGAAUGAAGGAUGGCUCUCUCGAUGCUACAUAACGAAUUAUGGUUUGUGGAGGAGACGUAGGGCUCAGUUGCUACUUAUCUAACUCGUCAAUUCUAAGUGUACGGAACUCAAUCGACAAUCCUUGUGCUUUUAGGAAAGAGGCUUUUGAUGCAUGGCUUCCGUUUCUGAACCAUCACCAGGUACUCAAGUUACUCAGGAUCAAUGAAUCCCGGUCCAAUAAGGACAUGAACAUGGAUACAGCCAAUAGUUAUAAUUGAGCAGGUUAUCAACA